UGUGUGUGUGUGUGUGUGUGUGUGUGUGUGUGUGUGUGUCAGAGAGUGUGUUUGGUUUUUUUAAGUUUGUCCGCCCUGGCUUCCCAUCACGACGACUCGACUUGUGGAGCUUUGUUUCAUUGAUGCACGACAACAACAACAACAACCGUCGGUUUGUUUUUGUUUUUUUUUUCAAAAAAUAACGUAUAACCGUUAGAGACGUUAGAGAGGCACGUUCGUGACAUUUCGGAUAAUUUAUAGAGAAACUUUUAAAAAAAGAGAAGAGGACGGAGGAGGAGAGGACGACUACGAAGUUGUCACUUUGCUGUCAUGUCUGCUACUUGUUGAAUGUGUGUUGUACAUACACACCACUGGCGGGCAGGGACUUUUAAUUCAACAACCAUGAGGCAUUGACACAACAGUGGACAGUGAUGGCAGAGCUGGAGAUUGACCAGUCCAACCUUCCACGUGUCCAAGAAGUGUGUCAGUGUUUUGCUGUGCUGGAGGAUGGAGCAUUGGCGCACAACCUGCAGGAACAGGAGAUUGAGCAAUAUUAUAGCACCAACAUCCAGAAGAACCAGCUAGUGCAAAAUGACAUUCGUGUAGCCAAACAGCUGCAGGAUGAGGAAGAGGAGCAGAGAGCCGAGCAGAGCGCUCUCCUCAGACAGGCCUCCAGGCAACUAGAGGAGCAAGACUUUGAGUAUGCACGUAUAAUUCAAGAAGAGCUCCAGCGUUGUGCAGAGGAGGCCCAGAGGAGAGAGCAGGACGAUGAGGAAAUAGCUAAACGACUGCAGGAAGAGGAGCAGCAGAGAAUGAGGAGGAGGAGCAGAGAGCACGAGGGCCAGAGUGAAGGCAACUCCAGCGAUGAUCUACCAUCCCCACACCAGCAUACACUCAGCAGCCCUCGCCAAGGAGGGGAGCAGUACUCUUCUAUCACCACCAGGUGGCAAUGUUCUACCUCUCACAAUCAUUCAGACUUAGCCGAGCCUUGGGCUGACUCCCCCAGGGGGGUACCAGCUCGGAAAAACACAACUUCAUGGUCAAAUCAAGGACACCAAGAUUCCUUUAGGGAAAUCAGGAGUGAACUGAGAGAGGCUUUGAGUGAGGAUUCGGAGGAUUCUGACUCGGUUUUCUCUGACCAGCUCUCUGUCUUGUCCCAGAGACUGAAAGAAAGACUUAACACAGCACCCCCUCGAUGCCGGGCAUCUUUACAUCAGCUGCAAGAGAGAAAAUACAGAAGUCUCUGUUCUCGUAGGAGCUUCCCAGAUGAGCUCAGAGUUUGGGAGGAGGAGAGAGGAGAGUGGGAUGAGGACUAUUAUGAAAAUAGUGACCCAGAUAAGAGGAGGCCUUGGAAUUUUCAUGAGGAAAGGCACCACAGAGAUAACCACGAGGGUGUACAGAGGAGCAGAGAUCAUGAUAGAGACUCUAGGUCAGGCGAGGUGAGAGAUAGGCGAUGUAGUCGCACUGCGUCUGUCAGGCUACCUGAAAAGAGUAAACACAGCAACAGAGACCUAGCAAGAACUUGGAGCUUUAGGGAAAACCCUGACAAACGUGUCCAUUUUCGGGACGACACCAGGACCUCUAACAGGCAGCGGCCUGAAAGCAGCAGUGUCUGGGAGAUGUUAGGCCAGGUCCUCAGAGAGAGGGGUGUGCCUGUGAGACUUGGAGGCAACGGGGCACCACUUCAAAUAAUGCCCCGAAGCAGAAACAGCCAGGUGCUUCACGGGAGCGAGGUCUCCUGCAGCGACACCCAACCGCAUCAGAGAGUCUUCCAGAGAGCAGCCACCACCAGGCACAGUUUCCAUGGAGAUAUCAGGGAGAGGAGGAGAAUGUCAUACCGUGAUAACAGUGGGAGAGAUCAGAGAGAAGACCGAGACAGGCACCGUAAUAUUGUAGAGCAUAAAGGAGAGGUUUAUGAGAUUAGAAGUAGAGACUCCUGUCUUGCUAACAGAGAAAGGGGAGGCAGUGCAAGUGGGAGUGAGCACAGAUUUACUAAUGAUAACGAGAGGGAGAGGAAUGCAAAUGAUUACAGGGUCAAGAGGACAACGAGCCAACGCAGGCAUUGGCACAACACCGUAGAAGAAAGAUUAAGCUCAGAGGAGGAGCAGCAGGUGGAGAGGAGAGUAGAGCAGCCCCACCGAAGCGCUCCACGGCGUAGCCAAAGCCUCAGCAGCAGCAGGGCUUCAACCAGACAUAGGUCAAGGCACAUGGCAGCAGGAAUGUCCCCGCGACCAGAGGCAGGCGAGGAAAGCCUGGACCUGUUGGAGCUGCAGCAGGUUCUGCAGGAUGAAGAGUUGGCUCGUAAGCUUCAGGAGGAAGAGGAAAAGCUUUUGAGAAGGAACUCCCAGCCCUCUCCACGUAGUUCUUACCCAGAGGGAGACUUCAGAGUAGCACAAGUGGCGCAGGAUGAGGAAAUUGCACAUUUUAUGCAGAAGCAGGAAAUUAAGUCAAAGCGUCGUUCUCGUGAGCUGGAGGGGCCGGCAUCGUGGCGCGAGCACAGAGCGAUGAUUAGUCAUCAUGACAGACGAGCUGUACGUGACAGACAGGUCCCCCGAGAGAGGCUCGACUCAGAGGGCCUUCCUUCACCCACUGAGGACUGCUCUCCAGAGAACCAGCCACCAAGCCCUACCUCCACUAUACCACAAGCCCAGCAGAUCAGAAACAUUGCGGAAGAGCUUGAUCCGACCUUUCAGGCGAGGAGACAAGGCAUGGACAGCCUCAGAGUGGGACAAACAGCUCCAACCUGUCAAUCACUUCCUGUGCCGCAGUCUGGAUUACACGACUUCCUCGAGGAGCCUACUUUCAUCCCACCCACGAAACGGCAAACAGACAAACCAGGGCGCACUAAACCCAAAGAGAAGAAAGAAAAUUGCAAGCAGCAAUAAUGCAUUUUACUGUUGGGAGUGCUUAUAUAUUUUCUAACACUAAAUAUCCGUUCAGCUACAGAGUUCACUUUAUUACAAGAACUAAGUUCUCUCUACCAGCCCCCAUACUAGCACUUUGGAGCAGUGGAACAAAGAAAGAAUUGAAAAUAGUGACCUUUAACUUUUUCUCUGAAUAACGACAACACUUUGGACUCUUGCCUGUAUCAUUUUCAAAGGGAAACUUCAAGGUUUAUUGAAGUAUUGUUUGGAUUUUCAGUGUUAAUGAGUGUUUAAUUUAAACGGUAUACCCUUUAUUUUAUAUUUGUAAGUUUUAUUUGUUUUCAUUUAGUUAAGCAGUACACCGUGAGGAUCCAGAAUGUCAAUUGACAAAAGCAAGAAGUUGCUGUGAUAACCUUUGACCCUAAGUGACUUGGUUUGCAGACAAGCCACUUUAAGACAUCCCAUUUCGAAGUGUCUGCCAACUGUGCUUGAAAUCCGUUUGGCAAGUCACCAGCCAUGUUUACAGUAAUACAAUGACAAUCAAAUGAACUUAUUUAACCCUUCAAAAUCACAUUUGUUAAAAAAACAAUAUUCCUGCUAUCAAAUUAUGAUCAAUUGUUUUGUAAUACCCAGAUGGAAACAUAUACUCUGAGGACAGUGUAUGUAACAAAGUAAAUUAAGCUUAAAGGUCGACUUCUGUUUUCUACCAAUAUGGAACUGGUUCUGUUCCAGUUGGCCCUGUUCCGAGUAUUUCAACAGAAAUUAAAUUGGUCCAGAGCCUAAAAAGUUUUUUCCCCAUCAGGAGCCAAAAAGUUUGCAGUGUUUCCUUACCUGAAGUUUGAACUGAAGCGUGUGUAUCAUAUACUGUAGAUCAUUAAGCGCAGUACAAUGACAUCCUUUGAUGACGCGUAGAUAAAAGGGAUUCCACAGGUUGGUUUACCUGAGGCCACCAAGGUUUCAAGGAAUCCUGAACGGGGCUGGUUUUGAGCUGACAUCAGACACCAAAGACCGUCCUUGAACUGAGACAUGGGUUAGGUCUUCCCUCCAAAAUAUGACCACUUGUUAUCACAUGACUGAAUUUCCACCUUUUUGGGCUCAUUUGCUGAGUGAGGACUUAGAUCCAUAUGAAAGCUCCUAAGUGACAUUUAAGCUUAGAUUAUUUGAUACAUCUCCAACUCAUAUUUUAGUAUAUUCGCCAAGUGUGUGACAAUUAUGUCUGUUAACAUUACUCACAGUUCUUGCUCUAACAGAAUUGAUUUGUACAGACAUAACUAUUCUUUUGUCUCAGCUUAAGUUUGUUUGUUUUUAUAUGAUCAUAC